AUGGUUCCGCCCAAUGCCUCUGAAGGUGAUAUCAAAAAGGCAUAUAGGAAGGGAGCUUUGAAGCAUCAUCCAGAUAAGAACGCCCACAAUCCAGAUGCUGCAGACAAGUUCAAGGAUCUGUCGCAAGCCUACGAAGUUCUCAUUGAUCCACAGAAGCGCGAAGUUUACGAUCAAUAUGGAGAGGAAGGCCUGGAGGGCCGCGGUGGUGCCGGCGGCAUGAAUCCAGAGGAUUUGUUCUCUCAAUUUUUCGGUGGCGGUGGUGGUGGCUUCGGUAGCAUGUUUGGUGGCGGUGGGAUGCAACAGCAAGGACCUAGACGUCCUCGCCCAAUCAGUCAUGUCCAUAAAGUAACUUUGGAACAACUCUAUCGCGGAAAGACGUCUAGGCUUAGGUUGAACCGACAAAUAGUCUGUAAGACAUGCGACGGACGAGGUGGGAAAGAAGGCGCUUUCAAGACAUGCUCCGGUUGUGGUGGUAUGGGUGUAAAAACCAUGACACGGUCAAUAGGCCCUAUGCACCAGCGAUUCCAAACCAUCUGCCCAGAUUGUAACGGAGCGCGAGAGACUAUUCGAGACAAGGAUCGGUGCAAGGCCUGCAGAGGAGAGAAGUCUGUCAUGGAGAUCAAAGACCUACACUUAAAAAUCGAGCCGGGGUUCCGCCAUGGAGAGCAGCUAUUGCAAGCUGGCGAGGGUGACCAAAUUCCUGGAGAAAACGGACCGAUUGCUGGAGAUGUGAUCUUUCAACUCCAACAAGAACCUUAUCCUCACCCACGGUUUGCCCGAAAGGACGAUGAUUUGUACUACAAGGCUGAAAUUGAGCUUGUCACUGCUCUUGCUGGAGGACAAGUAUUCAUUGAGCAUUUAGACGAGCGAUGGUUGGAGAUCGACAUUAUGCCGGGAGAAGUCGUCAGUCCAGGUGCCUUGAAAUUCGUUCGAGGAGAAGGUAUGCCGGCAGUCAAGCGUGUUGGGGGUCAACCAGAGAUGUAUCAAGGCGCGGCUAUGCCCAAUGGCCAUGGAAACCUGUACAUUGAAUUUGACAUCAAAUUUCCGGCCAGCGGCUUCGCUACUGACCCGGCAGCCUUUGAGAUGCUCAGGACCAUUCUUCCACCGGCCGAGCCUUUCCAUCCGCCUAAGAACAAGACUGUCAAAGCCGUUGACACCGAGGACGUUGAUCCCCUACACCGAUCAAGUGCCCGGAAUGCCAGCGCAAUGGAGCUAGACGAUGACGAGGGCGGGGAACAAGGUCAGGAGGGAGUUCGAUGUGCUCCGCAGUAA